AAAAUAAUAAACAGAACAAGAAAAGAACUGAGAACUGCCAAUUUGAUACCAAAAUAUUUCACAGAAGGGCGUCAAACAGGCUGCCAUGUGAUGCAUCGCAAUGCCCACGUCGUCUACGGCUCCUGAGCCGACGACGCGGCCCGAAGCCGCUAUGAGUCCCGAACAAGAGGCUUCGCCACCCCCGGCAGCACCGGGGGCAUCACCACCGCCACCUCCGACGCGACUUCCGUCACCAGCGGCCUCUACCUCGGACGUGGAACAAUUCGCUGGCAAAAUCGUCUACAAUCCAGAUGGUUCGGCGUACAUCAUCGAGGAUUCUGACAGCGAUUGCGAAACGCCGGCAGCUCAAGCUCCAGAAAAUGGUCCCCCUCUACAGGCUGUGUACGUCUCGCGUAUGCUGAGACAACCUAGUCGACCUUCUGAGCUUCCCGCGGUCCAUAGUUAUCGGGUGGUUGCUUUAAGGGACGCUAGGCCGCCGAGGCCCGCUUCUUUGCCCGUUAAACCUAUACUAAUGUGCUUCGUAUGUCGGUUAUCUUUCGGGUUUGCUAGAUCUUUCGCUAGUCAUGCGAGCGCGGAACACGGGGUAGUAUUGCAAGACGCGGAACGUGAAGUUCUUGCGCAAGACUGCGGAGCUAUACUACAGUGCGUGGGUGCCGAAAAGCGACCGGUAGUUUCACUGUUGGAACCUUUGGGUAGCCCUAUAGUCUCCGAACAGCAAAUGGUACAACAACAGACCUCAUUACCCAGUAGAGUAGAUAUGUUGCAGACGCAACAGCAUCAACAGCAAUCGAAUCCGGGUAAAUCUCCGAGUCCCCCUUUUGCGUCGCCACCAGCAUUUAUGACCGGUACGACGAUAGGAGUAUGUCCUGAACACCUCCAAGGCAGGCCCUCGGGGGUAGACUGUCAACGCUGUGAAAUGAUUCUCGCCUCAGGAAGGUUAGGUCCCGCAGGCCUCGCCAACGUCCACAGUAGAAACUCUUGUAAAACAUUAAAAUGUCCCAAAUGCAAUUGGCACUACAAGUACCAAGAAACAUUAGAGAUUCACAUGAAGGAAAAACAUCCGGAAGCCGAAACUAGCUGUAUAUACUGUAUAGCCGGACAACCUCAUCCUCGGUUAGCCAGAGGUGAAACGUACACGUGCGGUUACAAACCUUACAGAUGCGAAGUGUGCAAUUAUUCUACUACAACCAAAGGCAAUUUAAGUAUUCACAUGCAGUCAGAUAAGCAUUUGAACAACAUGCAAGAGCUGCAAAAUGGAGGCGGGCCGAAUGGAGAAGCUAGACAAGCUUCACCGAAAGCUCCCACCAUUCAUCACUCACCGGUCAGUUCGGGAGGACACAAACCAAAACCCAGUUUUCGAUGUGACGUAUGUAACUAUGAAACAAACGUGGCUAGAAAUUUGAGGAUACACAUGACAAGUGAAAAGCAUACACAUAAUAUGUUGGUUUUACAACAGAACGUCAAACACAUGCAGACUUUAAGUGCUUUACAUCAUCAACAACUUCCUCAACAGCAUAUGGAAAGCUUAUACGGAAUGUAUCCAGGCUUGGGAGAUAAACCAGAAGCUGCUCUCGCAGAUAUGGCUUACAAUCAAGCUUUACUCAUUCAAAUGAUGACGGGUGGUCAACUACCUAAUCAUGCGGGGCCUGCCGAAAUGGCUGCCCACUCCGACCUGGGUCUCAAUCCCGAAACAAUGGAACCUCCACCGGAACCAGCAGAUCCUGACCCAGAAAAGACUUAUCAAUGUUGCGUUUGUAACAUAUUUCAAACUGAUUCUCUUGAAGAAUUAGGGAGACAUUUAGCUUUAGACAGAACCAGACUGAGGGAGCAAGAAAUCCUAGCUGUAGUCGCAGGACACUACGUUUGCAAGCUCUGCACGUACAAAACGAAUCUCAAAGCUAACUUUCAGCUACACUGCAAGACUGACAAACACCUUCAAAGGCUGCAACACGUCAACCACGUCAAAGAGGGUGGACCUAGAAACGAAUGGAAACUAAAAUACGCUUCGGCUCCUGGUGGAGUUCAAAUUAGAUGUAAUGCAUGCGACUACUACACCAAUUCAGCACACAAACUUCAGCUACAUUCGGCCGCUGGAAGACACGACGCCGGCGUGGCGCUACUCAAACAUCUGAUGGAGAAAUGUGCACUUUUGCAAAUGAGCCAACCGAGAGUGUUUCAUUGUUCGCUUUGCGGGUUUUCCGCGACCAAUCGUUUACCGUUGUUGCAACACGUGAAAUCUUUGAAGCAUCUUCAUAUGGAGCAACUUCACCAGCUUCAAAGGAGAGCGGAAGGCAAGGAGUCGUCGCCUGAGAUUGGGGAAGUGUUUCAUGUUGUGCCUGGGCCAGUUGAUCAGAACCAAUCGCAAAGACAAACACCGGAAAGACGCGAUAGCAUCAACUCCGAACUUUCCCAACUUGAAACUACAAAUCAAGUGAAAACUGAACCAACCGACAUGGACGAACCAAAUCAUCUCGACUCGAAUCCGGGUCCCCACAUGUGUCCUUAUUGUGAUUACUCUAGUGAUAGCGAAAUGCGUAUUCAAGCUCACGUAUUAGCCCAACACAACCCCAGCCAUCAACAAGAACAGCAAGUGAUUCACUGUCCCUUGUGCCAAGAUUUGUUCAAAGACCGCACAAGUCUCGAGAGACACGUGAUGCAAAUUCAUUCGGUGAACAGUGAAGGGCUUCAAAGGCUGCUGAUGCUCGUUGAUCAAAGUCAUUGGCUGAAUCAGAGUUCUAGGACAUCCACGCCCAACAAUCCCUCGACGGCCGUUCAAAAUCAAAUUUCACCCAGUUCUGCGUCUUCCAAAGAGUCCAAUAAGCUUGAAAAAUGUGAUAGCAGCCAUAAUGAUGAGAAUCCUGAUCUUUUAUCUCCCUUGAGUGACGAUAUCAACGAAAAUGAAAGUGAGAGAUGCAAUACAUGCUUUAAAACUUUUAGAAAUAUUGACGAACUUUGCCACCAUCAAAACGAAACUGGGCAUCAGUUGGAAGUUAAACAAACUCCCAGUGGACCUGGAUAUGUUUGCUGGAAAAAAGGUUGUAAUCAAUUUUUUCCUACUGCACAUACACUUCAAAUGCACUUUAAAGAAAUCCAUGCUAAAAACUCAAUUGCUAAUAUGUCAGUGAGCGAAAAACAUGUUUAUAAAUAUCGUUGCAAUCAAUGCUCUCUAGCCUUCAAAACCUUAGAAAAACUACAACUACAUUCUCAAUAUCAUAUGAUUAGGGACGCGACUAAAUGCGUUUUAUGUGGACGAAGCUUUAGAUCUCUAGUAGCUCUCCAUAAGCAUGUAGAAAGUGUUCAUUCUGAGUUAACAGACGAAGAAUUGAACGCUUAUAAGCAAAGCCUAAUGAAUAAUCCCUUGCUUUUAGCUGGACUACAAGGGCAAAUUCUUGAUAAUUCCACCAAUGAGUUGUUGAAGAAAGAAACCAUGAGGAGUGAGGAAAAUGAUGGUGCAGCUGAAUGCGAUGACAGUAAAGAACUCAGCACACAGUCUCUCGAUGAUAGCAAUCAAAAUGAUGGAGAAAACUCAGACGACAGCAUUGUAUAUAAAGACCAGCAAUUUCUCGAAGACUAUCUUAACAGUCAAGCUAUGGCCGAAGAUAGCUAUAACGAUCCUAAUAGAAAAUACAAAUGUCAUAGAUGUCGUGUGGCAUUCACUCGGCAAAGCUAUCUGACAGCCCACAACAAGACGCUUUUACAUAGAAAAGGAGAAAAAUUAACUUAUCCAAUGGAAAAGUAUUUGGAUCCAAACCGGCCAUACAAAUGCGACGUUUGUAAAGAAAGCUUCACACAAAAAAAUAUAUUGCUAGUCCAUUACAAUUCAGUAAGUCAUUUACACAAAUUAAAAAGGGCAAUGCAAGAGCAAGCAAACAAUAACAACAACUCACCAGUGUCACCCAUUAUAAACACUCCGCAAGCGCAAAACUUGUCACUAACCCCUAAAAGUUCAGCCAGCGACGAGGACGAUAAGAAAAAAUACAGAUGCAACAUAUGCAAAGUGGCGUACACGCAAGGGAGCACCCUCGAUAUUCAUAUGCGUAGCGUGCUGCACCAAACCAGAGCCAGUAAACUGCAAGAUUUGGCAAUGACCGGUCAAAUUGACCUGUCCAAACCGUUAAUCGAGCAACCCGACGUCAUACAGUCUCCGAAACAACCCUCGCCGACACCGAGUGGUGGGGAAUCCGGCAAACGACCCUGCCCCACCCCACCUAGUCCAUCAGGUAUGCCAGGUAGUCAAGGGAUGUACUGUCCCAAAUGCGGCGCUUCUUUUACAACCCAAGAUCAGUUAAGCGCACACCAGUUGUACUGCUUGUUCGCGACGCCUAUGGCAGUAUUACAGGGUGCGAAUGAUGACCGGCAAGAAUCAGAACAAGACGCGCAAUCUAGAGCAAUGUCCGGCAAAAAAGGUUCGCCUAUUUACAAACAUUUGUUAGAAGGUUACGGUUUUGAUUUAGUGAUGCAAUACAACGAGAGCCAUCAAAGACGUCAGAGACAAGCGGAAAAAGAAAAAGCUGAAGCUGAACUGAAACUAAAAGAAAGUAGAGAAGAAUCUUUCAGAGAAGAUAUAAUGCAUCAAGAGCAGCAACAAGAACUUAGUGAAGUGGCUGAAGUGCAAGAAGAAAAGUGCGAAGAAAACCUAGAUAAACAACUUUCUAGUGACAAAGAAGAAGAGACUGGUAAUUUACCUGAAGUGGGCAAAUACACGUGCCAAACAUGUAAUAAGGAGUUUUCUAGUGUGUGGGUGCUUAAAAGCCAUUGUGAGGAAGUGCACAAAGACUUGGUUCCUUUAGAGUAUCUCGAAAAAUACGCACAACAAUUGAAAAAUGAAAUUGACAAGAAAACCGUAGUGGUUACAGCGGCUACAAGCUCCACAACUACGGCCGCGCCGCGCGUAACUACUCCAACAACCGUAGUAAGUGAUCGAGUUACUCCCGAAAUCGAAAACACCACUCCCGAAAAAGAACCUGACGAAAACAAAGAAACAUUGCGCGUCAAACUUAACCUCACAACACCUCCAGAAGCAGCUUCAACAGCUCCAAGUACCCCGACUAGUAGCACCACACCAGCUAGCUCGACGGAUUCGCUUCCAGCUAACAUCCAAGCCAUGCUAGCUCAAACCAUGGCCCAAAACCCCAUGGCGUUAGCUCAGCAAAUGUCCGAAAUGCAAGCGGCUCUAAACGUAAUGCAACUACAGCAGCUCAAUUUCAAUCCGGUAAUGCAAAUGAUGGGGAUGGGGUUGCCUUUGGGGUUGAACGCUUUGGCCGCGAUGAACCUGCAACCUCCUUUGGUGCCUAUGAUGAUGCCGCCACCUCCUUACGAUCCUAUGGGACAGUAUGGUGGACAGGAGCAGCAAGCCAUUAUGGCUAAGCAGCAGGCUGCUAUGAUGCAACAACAAGCGGUGGCCAACGCUGCAGCUAAUCAAAAACGUGCACGCACUCGUAUAACAGACGAACAGCUAAAAAUCCUUCGAGCUCACUUCGACAUUAACAAUUCCCCAUCCGAAGACCAAAUUCACGAAAUGGCCAAUCAAAGCGGCUUGCCCCCUAAAGUAAUCAAACACUGGUUCCGUAACACUUUAUUCAAAGAAAGACAACGCAACAAAGAUAGUCCUUACAAUUUCAAUAACCCACCUUCUACGACAUUAAAUUUAGAAGAAUAUGAAAAAACUGGAGAGGCGAAGCCUCUGAAUAGUUCAACUGGCAGCAGUUCUGAUGAAGCAAACAAAAGUAAAGAAUCUGUUUCUCCAGUACAAAUCCCUCUUCUACCGCAAAUAAUUCCUGAAAUAAAAAAAGAAAUAAAAGAAGAAUUACCUGACGAGCAUCUUCAUCAUCAUCAGGCAUCAAAAUUUGAACUCCAAAAACAACAACAUCACGACCUAAUGGAAGAAAAACAUCAGAAUUUUUUUAGUCUUCCCCCAAACUUGCAGCCGCCCCAGAGCCCAGCAACAUCAGUAGCUUCUACGGAGAGUAUCAACGUUUCCUCUCAACCUACAACACCAAACAAUCUUAGUCUCACAUCAAUUAUUGCUUCACAAUUGGGUGAUACUUUAACCACUAGUACACCUACGUUAAGUAUGACGCACGGCCUUACUAGUUCGAUGCUACCGCCUCCAAAAAUGAAUCAACAAAAUUUUUCAAAUCCCAACAGUCUUCAGGGGAUGCUGCCAUUAACACCAAACAGAUGCUUGAGCCCUAAUAGAGAUUUUUGCUCGAGCAGCCAAGGUUCUGGGGGAUCAACUGGCAAAAGAGCAAACAGAACUAGAUUUACUGACUACCAAAUUAAAGUCUUGCAAGAAUUUUUCGAAAACAACGCUUAUCCUAAAGACGACGAUUUAGAGUACCUUUCCAAACUUUUAAAUCUCAGCCCACGAGUAAUAGUUGUGUGGUUCCAAAACGCUAGACAAAAAGCAAGAAAAGUUUACGAAAAUCAACCAGCAGCCGAACCAGCACCAGGAAUUGACGAAGCUGGUGCAAACAGAUUUCAAAGAACACCCGGCUUGAACUACCAGUGCAAAAAAUGCCUUUUAGUAUUUCAAAGAUACUACGAAUUAAUUAGACAUCAAAAGACUCAUUGUUUUAAAGAAGAAGAUGCCAAACGUAGCGCACAAGCUCAAGCUGCAGCUGCUCAAAUAGCUGCCGUGCUAAGUUCUGAAGACUCCAACUCUAGCACAACUGAACAAAAUCAGCAACAACAACAAAUGCAAGGACCUCCUCAAAAUUUAACAAUGUCCUCUCAUCAAAACUCAAACAGCCAAGUCAUGAGUCCAACUCAACCGACAGCGCCUACCACACCUACUCCUAGCCAAGUAAAUUUUCCGAGUUCGUCACCAACUCCUUCCGAAACUAAGGAAGGCACCUUUCAAUGUGACAAAUGUAACUUGGUGUUCCCCAGAUUCGAACUAUGGAGAGAACACCAACUGGUUCAUUUAAUGAAUCCAAAUUUAUUCCCUUCAUAUCCUCCGGAUAGUCCGUUUGGAAUUUUGCAGCAACACGCUCAGCUACAGCAACUGAAUGCUAACCUUGGAGAAGUCUCCAAACAAAAUAAUCCAUUACCAGCAGCAGCUCAAAAUGUGCCACAUCCACUGAUUAACAUGCUUAAUAAUGUUACUGGUGGACAAAAAAGAAAAAUUGAGGAGUUCGGUGACGUGGAAAGCGAUGCCUCGGACCAACCCAAAGACAAAAGACUUAGAACAACCAUAUUACCAGAACAGUUGGAUUAUUUAUACCAAAAAUACCAAAUCGAAAGUAAUCCAUCAAGAAAAAUGCUGGAAAAUAUUGCUAGAGAAGUAGGACUUAAAAAACGCGUUGUCCAGGUCUGGUUUCAAAAUACCAGAGCUAGAGAACGGAAAGGCCAGUUUCGAGCUCACGCUCAAGUGAUCAAUAAACGGUGCCCUUUUUGCCCAGCACUUUUCAAAGUGAAGAGCGCUCUUGAAUCUCAUCUAACUACAAAGCAUGCUGAUCAAUGUGCUCGUGGUGAAAUCAAUAUUGACGCUUUGCCAGAUGAGGAAGUCAGUUUGGAAAGUGCUCCAAGUUUAUCAGGGGGAAGUGAAAAUAAAUUUCAACAACAAAAUCCUAGUUUGAUGCCUCCAUUAUUUCCUAAUUUACACCCGGAUAUGGAAAACUCAAUAAAAAAAUAUUAUGAAGAAAGCAUGAAGCGAUAUAUUAGUGAACUACAACAUCAUGCUUCCUCCACCAAUGGAGAUAAAAGCGAAAUUAAAUCGGAUAAGGGAGAAAGUGGUGAAAUCCCUUUAGAUUUAUCUAAGCCAGUUGACCUUUCUAGGCCCAUGAAAGUUUCCAUGGAGCAUGGAAAUCUUUGCGAUCCAGGCCCAUUGACUGAUCUCAGUGAACGCUCAUUAUGUGACGAACGUAGUGAUUCGAUGUCAGAAACUAAUGAAUUUUAUGAUGAUGAAAGCAACCCUACAUCCCCAGCAAGCAGUACUCAAAGUAAUACCCACAGACAACAUAACCAUUCUGGAGGAGCCAAAAGAUUUCGAACCCAAAUGAGUUCAGUUCAAGUCAAAAUCAUGAAAAUCCUAUUUACCGACUACAAAACGCCUACCAUGGCCGAAUGUGAGGCUCUGGGUAGAGAAAUUGGACUUCCUAAGCGAGUAAUUCAAGUUUGGUUCCAAAACGCAAGAGCGAAAGAAAAGAAGGGCAAGUUAGCUUUACAAAAAGUAUUAGGCCAGCCAGAGGGUGACAACCCUAUCCUUCCAGAAGACUGCAAAUAUUGCAACUUUAAAUAUUCGCACAAAUAUUCAGUACAAGAUCACAUCUUCACCAGAGGCCAUAUUGCCAACGUGCGCAUGCACCUGGAAGCUCAAGGGGGCAAAGAGGGUCAAGAAGGGAACGAGUUUCAAGUACCACAACUUCCUAGCUGUUCUGCCGGCGGUAUCAAUGCCGAUUCCACUUCGAAUAUGCAACAGUCCGCCAAUCAGCAACAAAAUCAAUUGAACAAUAAUACGCAUCUUCAGCUGCUUCAGAUGGCCGGCAUGCAAGUGCCGAACACCAAAGGUCCAGAACAAGAGGAGACUGCUGAAAGUUUGUUUCAGCAGUUGUACGCGUUGGGGAACAAUUCCAACUUUGGGGUCCAGAACCAGUACGUUCAUCAUGCGAUGUUUGGAGCUAAUGCUUACGAAUCAGCACCGUGCGAGUAUGGACCAAUCCUGACCUCUGUAGGCCAGGGGGAGCCGGAGGAUUGCUUCUAGACACUGGAAGCGGUCCGUCAUUUCUACCUCUACCUCCUCAAGUUCUAGAACAAGUGGCACAAAACAACACUGAACCGGGUGUAACAACCCUAAAACUGCCUGACACCACUUACCAAAGACCAGCGGAUUUGCCCAUCAAAGACACUGACAUGGAACUGUGUUUUGUUUGUAAAAAAUGUCGCAUGGCUUAUCCAGGUGAUUCUCCUUUACUAACACAUCAACGUCAAUGCUACGGCCCUAAUCAAGAAUCCAGAGGGGCUUUCAGAAUCGUUCAAACAGCUUACGAGUGCAGACAAUGCAAUAAUGGCGAAAAAUUCAAAAGUUUGAUUGAAUUGAAAGGUCAUUUUAAGUCUGACGCUCAUCAACAAAGAAACGGAGGGCCUCCACCUAGCGAGAGCCCUUUGAGCCACGAAAUGGAAGAUGUGGUUAAUCAAAUUACUUUGUUGGCUGCUAGGGCGGCUCAGGAAAGCCCAGUGCCACAAGGGCACUUGCUGGAUUCUAAUUCGAACGCUUUUUGUCAGCCUAGCGAACCUAAAAGGAGAUUUUUGAGUCCGACGCAGGCUCUAACUAGUGCUGGACACUAAGUGGCCAAAUAUCUAAAGCCUAAUCUAUGUGGACAAAUUAAUUAGACGAAUCUCUUUAACUAAAGACAUGUAGUAAGAUAAGCAAAAUCAUCGUAGCUGUGUAAUAUAUAAUAAUUAAUUAUUGUUGUAUGUACCAUAGAAAAAAAGGUAGGGUUAUGUUUCCUAUAAUUGCAACUGAUAGUUACUAUUAAGUCGAAGCGCGGGCGCGAAGGUUUACGAACGGUUAAAGCCGAUGAAAUAGCCUGACUGCUCGUGCACAAUACCAGUUCCUGUCAUUUUUUUCCGUGUGAUGUAAAUAGAAAAUUUUUUGCGACAUGAAUUGUUCCUAUAAAAAAAAAAUGUAAUCUAAAUCUCGCGUAAUAAUAUUAUAUUAUACCGGACGAAUCAAAAACUACUAAGUAGUGUUUUUGAUUUGUACUCGUAUAAAUAAACUGCAUGCGCCAUUUUUGCGUGGCGUCCAGUAAAGCAAGUUCCUAUUGGACACGAGCCGUAUACCCUGUUCCUCAAAAUAAGAAAAAGACGACUCGCAAACUAACGGCCGUGUCCAUUUUUACUUAUUAUUAUUGAAUAAUAAAUUUUUGCAAAAAAAAGAAUCUUUUUAUUAUUAUUAUUAAUUUUUUAAUUACUUAUUAAUUCAUUAUGAAAAGUUGAUCACUCUGUAUUUAUUCAAAAAAAAAAUCAGUGAGAUUAUCAUUGGACAUCGCUUAUGCAAUUCAACCUCGCGAUAAUCUCACUUAAAAAAAUUUGUAUGUAUAUUUAUAUGUAACUGAUGAAAAUAUCAUGCUAGAGCGGGAGAAAAAAUGUUGUGCUUGUUUUUAAGUAUUUCGCAUGAAACUUUUAAUAAUAUCCCCCGAGAUCUGACAAACUUGGUUCCUACUAAUAAUAAUACUAAUUAAUUAUAUAAAUUAAGUACAGUGGUUGAGGGCGACGUGCACUAAAUUUGGACAAGAAACUUGGAAGAAAAGAGUUUUCAGUGUGUCCGGCCGAAUUUUUAAAAGGUAGGUGGAUAGUUAUUUUGUUUGUUGGAUUAAGGAUUAAGUGCAAUAUAACGUGUGGUGUUUGGAGUUAAUUAAUAUUGAUCUGUGUUUUUAUAUUUUUGAUUUGUGUUUCAAAAAAUAAUGCUGGUAUAACAGAAAUUACUUGCUGUAUAACUUAGAAAAGAGAAAGUAUUUGUAUGGUGAAAUUGGUCAAGGAAAUUGGUGAAAUUUGUUUAUAAUAAUAACCGAUUAGAAGGGAAGAUGAUACCUUUGUAAGUGUUGAAAAUCUUGCCAUUAUUCUCUAUGUACAAGUGAAAUCUUUCUCGUAUACUUCUUGUCUUUGGGUCUUCUAAAAUUUUUUUGGUGAAUCUUAGCUUCCUAGGUAAGAACUGGCAAAACAACACUUUUGUUCGGGAAGAAGCAGAAUGUAUUCUUUGGAUGUAUGUGUAACUUUUCCAGAAUCCUAUAGUGGCAUUAGUCGUCAUAAAAUGACAACAAAAGUACCUACCUACCACAAAUCCAAUUUCCGAAAAUAUCUGGUACAAAUCCCUUAUCAAAGAUCAAGUAGUAUGAAAAUGCUUUCAAAGCAAAACCUGUUGAAAUCUAUCUCCUCUUUUAUAUUUAAAGUUUCAUCGUCUGGCUGAGGUAUUGAGCAUGAAGAACUAGAAAACUAAGGUUGAGAAACCAUGAUUCAAUUUAAGAGGAAAAUAUGAAAUAUAUUUGACACACUAGUACAAAAGUGAUUAAUUAAUUAAAACUCUGUCAUGCACCUUUUCAAAAUAUAAAAAAUAAAUGACUAGUCUUAAGACUUUUAUAAAGAUGUAGAAUGUUAUUCAAAAGAACCAAAAUAUGCUAAGUAUCUUCAAAUAUCGGAAAUUCUAAUUAAGAAAAAAAUAUAAACAAGGCAAUUUUGGUACGUUACAACUCCCCCUCUCCUACGACAGGGGGAAAACUCUUCAGAUAAUAGGCUUAGCAAAUCUAAAUCACUAAGAUAUAACGAGAACUAGGUAACUUUGCUCUGAUGUAUAAGGCAGUACGAGUCUCUGUUUGAUUCCACUUUCUUGUAGAAUUUUUCUAGCUUGACCAUUGUUAAAUUCUCCAUUAUUAUCUGAGAGUAGCUCUUUUACUGUAUGUCCUACUGUUUUCACUUCAAUUAACAUAAUUGUCAGUUUUUCCGCAAGUUCAGAUUUUUCUUUCAGAAAGUAAACAUAACGAUAUCGACUGAAAUCAUCCUUGAAGACCACGAAGUAUCUAUAGCCACUUUUGGAUUCAAAAGGCCCACAAACAUCUGUGUGUAAGAGUUCUCCUGGUACUUUCUCUCAUUCCAAACUUUUUCCUGUGCAUUUUACCAUAAAGACAACCCUCACAUAUUUUGCUGUCUAAGGUCACUCUGAGGUCAAACUCACGACUCAAAAUAUCUCUGAUGUGCCGUUUGUUUUGAUGACCAAAGCAUUCAUGGUAUAGUUGCAAUAAGUUAUCAUUUGAAACUAUGUUGAUUUGAGCUGUUUCCUUUCGCUUUAUGAUCUGCAAUGCUAAUUUGUACAGUCCUCCAAAUCUACUUCUUCCACCUGUCAAGUGUCAGUAUGGUUUCAUGCACAAACUUUGAUGUAGGCUGUAAAUCUUGUGCAUGUAAAUCCGAAAAUAAAUUAUUUUCAAUCAGAGGAACGUACCAUACGUCUGAUAACGUCAAAACAUCUUCUCUGUCUUGAAUUUUUGUUUGUACCAGAAUGUUUCCUUUUCCAAUUGCUCUAACCAUUUCUCCAUUCGCUACUGUCGUUAUGGUGUGUGUAUCUUGAAAAUAUUCAAAUGUUUCAAAGAUUUGUAAUAUGACUUGUAGCCCCAUUAUCCACAAACUAGCUAUUCUCCUCACAUUUGCUAAAUAAGACACUACUUGUUAAAGCAACUAACAUCAUGUUUGCAUCCUUAUUUUUCUGUGUUCUGUUAUUUUUUGAAUUUGAGCUUUCUGUUUUUGGAGGUCUAUCAUUUUCUUUCCAUUUAAUACAUUGUUAGACCUUAUGUCUUCCUCUUUUGCAAUAAUUGCAAAAUAGUUUUCUAUUAUUGAUGGAGCUGCUUCUAUUUUCUGCAAGUAACGCCUUCUGAUGACUUUCAUUAUUCUUGUCUGAUAAUCCCUUCUCAUGAGAACAAAGCUGAUUUGUUAAAUUGUCCAUAGUCCUGUCAGAUUUCGACAUUAACAUCCAACUUGACUUGAAGGAAAAGUAGUCUUGGGGUAGAGUUUCUGAAAUCUCACAGACUAAUAGCAACUCAGGUAACUCACAAUUACAUGUUUUAUUUGUAAUGAUUUUGUCCUUUGAUAACCGCUUUUGUAGCUCAUUCCACAGGCUCUUGCUUAGACGUGUGAGUUACCAUAUCAUCUCCAACUUUCUUCUUAUAGUUAAAAAAUUCUAAGCAAACAUCAUAGGUUGUGUCCUCGACAUUGCCAUCAAAGAGCCUAUUCAAUUCAACCCACACUUCUCUUGAUGUAGAAAACGUGAUAACUUUUUGUAAGGUAUCUUGUGUCAUAUUUAUCGUAAGAGCAAGAAGUGCAUUACAAUAUGCAGUAUUGAAACUCACCAGGCUUGCCUCAUGCGCAGCAUUUUCAACUGCUACUGCAUUUUCUUUCAAAACUGGGAGCACCAACUUUCCUUCCAAAAUAUCAACGGCAUUUGGAAUACCUCUUAGAAGAUUGUUCAUUUUGUAUUUCUAUGUGGUCCAAUUAGCUUUACCUUCCAGUCAUCCUGUAUGAACUUUGCUUGGAUCCAUCCUUCAAAGUUCAAUUACUAAUUUUCCUUACUGAUUCAGCCCUUGAUAUUCCUAAUUUUGCUCGCCUCUUUCACCCACGCUCUGCUACCAUGUUAAAGUUUGAGAAACCAUGAUUCAAAUUAAGAUAGAUAAUUAGUUGACACACUAAUACAAAAGUGAUUAAUUAAUUAACACUCUGUCAUACACCUUUUUAAAAUAUAAAAAAUUAAUGACUGGUCUUCCAUAAAGAUGUAGAAUGUUUUUCAAAAGAACCAAGAUAUGCUAAGUAUCUUUAAAUAUCGAAAAUUCUAAAUAAGAAAAAAGUAGAAACAAGGCAAUUUUGGUACGUUACAACUCCCCCUCUCCUACGACAGGGGGAAAACUCUUCCGAUGAUAAGCUUAGCAAAUCUAAACCACCAAGAUAUAACGAGAACUAGGUAACCGUAAAGAUGUAGAAUGUUUUUCUACACAACCAAGUAUCUUCAAAUAUUGAAAAUUCCAAAUAAGAAAAAAGUAUAAACAAGGCAAUUUCGGUACGUUACAACUCCCCCUCUCCUACGACAGGGGGAAAUCUCUUCCAAUGAUAAGCUUAGCAAUAGCAAAUCUAAACCACCAAGAUAUAACGAGAACUAGGUAACCAUAAAGAUGUAGAAUGUUCUUCAAAAGAACCAAGAUAUGCUUAGUAUCUUCAAAUAUCGAAAAUUCUAAAUAAGAAAAAAGUAGAAACAAGGCAAUUUUGGUACGUUACAACUCCCCCUUUCCUACGACAGGGGGAAAACUCUUCCGACGAUAAGCUUAGCAAAUCUAAACCACCAAGAUAUAACGAGAACUAGGUAACCAUAAAGAUGUAGAAUGUUGUUCAACAGAACCAAGAUAUGCUAAGUAUCUUCAAAUAUUGAAAAUUCUAAAUAAGAAAAAAGUAGAAACAAGGCAAUUUUGGUACGUUACAACUCCCCCUCUCCUACGACAGGGGGAAAACUCUUCCAAUCAUAAGCUUAGCAAUAGCAAAUCUAAACCACCAAGAUAUAACGAGAACUAGGUAACCAUAAAGAUGUAAAAUGUUGUUCAACAGAACCAAGAUAUGCUAAGUAUCUUCAAAUAUUGAAAAUUCUAAAUAAGAAAAAAGUAUAAACAAGGCAAUUUUGGUACGUUACAACUCCCCCUUUUCUACGACAGGGGGAAAACUCUUCAGAUGAUAAGCUUAGCAAAUCUAAACCACCAAGAUAUAAGAGAACUAUGUAACCAUAAAGAUGUAGCAUGUUCUUCAACAGAACCAAGAUAUGCUAACUAUCUUCAAAUAUUGAAAAUUCUAAAUAAGAAAAAAGGAUAAACAAGGCAAUUUUGGUACGUUACAACUCCCCCUCUCCUACGACAGGGGGAAAACUCCUCCGAUGAUAAGCUUAGCAAGCCUAAACCACCAAGAUAUAACGAGAACUAAGUAACCAUAAAGAUGUAGAAUUUUCUUCAACAGAACCAAAAUAUGCUGAGUAUCUUCAAAUAUCGAAAAUUCUAAAUAAGAAAAAAAGUAUAAACAAGGCAAUUUUGGUACGUCACAACUCCCCCUCUCCUACGACAGGGGGAAAACUCUUCCGAUGAUAAGCUUAGCAAGCCUAAACCACCAAGAUAUAACGAGAACUAGGUAAGUUUUUGAGAUUAUUUUUCUCUUUAUUGAUUAAUGCUGGUAGGUACGCCUUCUGUCAUCCCGAAAAUAAUCUCCAGCAAUUUCCCUUGGCCACAUUUCCCACAAAUAAUUUUUACGGCAAGAAAUACAGCCAGUGACUGUUCUCAGUUGCACCUACGAUGGAGUUAAUUUCAAACUAUCUUGUACAAUGGAAAAUUGUAUCUUCUUUUGCUUCAAUAAAUCUAAAACUAUAAAAACACAGAUCAUAUCCUUUCUUGUUAUCACUCUGCUUUAAGCUCUAUCUACACCUAAAAACGCCUGAUUUAGCCGUAACACAAAAAAACUCUCAAUUUCGCGCGUGCGUCGUCCAAGCUGAAAUACGAAUAGUUAUUUAUGUUUUUUCGUUGGAUUCCAACAUGAUCGCAUAUAUAAAUAUAUAUAGUAGUAGAUAUAUAUUAAAAAUUUUAACUAUUAGGUUUAACGUAUCCAAAAUAACUCAAAAAUGGGAAACGCCACUCGGUUGGCGUGACCUGCCUCGCAUUAAAAAGUGAGUUUUCUUGGAACAAAAAAUGUGUGAUUGUUGAAUAUAGAAUUUGCUGAAUCAUACGGUAAUUGGCGCUUGUCUUAUAACUUUCUGAUGCAUUACAUUUCAUUGUAACCAAAUCAAUCUCUAAGCCGGAAAGUUCUUUGACACGCUUGCAGCGGAUUACAAUCCGUCAAAUUAUAAAAUUUAUACGAUUAUUAUUAAUAUUCACAAGCUGAAGUUUUUGCUUUUUGUGGAUAUGUUUUUUCGAUGUGUUCUAUUAUUAUAGGUGGCCUUCGUUGCCCCCGAAAAAAUAAAUCUAGUUCCUACCGUUUCAUAUCUAUUCUAUCUUUUAUAUAGGCUUCAUUAUUGAUAUACAAUUUUUUUUGUAUAUUUGUUUAUUCUCUGUUGAUCUGUUUAAAUAAAUGAUAUUUUGUUUAAUUCUUUUGUAAUAAUUUUGAGGCUCUCUAUGAAUUGUGUUACUGACAUGUAGGUACUCAUAUCUAAUGGUUUUUUUUUUCUUUAUUAACACCUUUUUUCUUUUCUUUUCAAGAUAUUAACACUCUUUCAUUUAUUACUAACCAAGAUGCUUAUAAAAUAACUCCUAGCCUAGUAGAUUUCAAAAAAAUUAUAUUUGAAUUUGUUUCACUUUACGUUUGCUUUAAAUUGCACAUGCAGUUUUAAAUAUUACAAUUUUUAGUUUACCUAUUUUGUAAAAAGCCAGUAAAUUUAGGUGCUUUUUGUACAUAAGCAUCUUUGUAUAUUAUUUUUUGAAAAAUGUCAUUAAUUUUUAGGUGUUAAUAUCUUGUAGGAUUUCAUUUUAAUUUUAAUUUUUUUUUAGAAAUUGUUAUUUUUCAUCAAUUUCAAAAGACUUUUAUAUAUUAUUUGAGAAGUGAUUUUUAGUUUUAUAAGGUUCUAGAAUAUUUAGCCUAUUUAUUCUCGUUUUUGUGAUGUAAAUAGGAUUUUUUUUUUUUAGUUUAGUUAAUUUAAAUGAAUAUAUUUUUUAUUUUUGAUUCUCAUUAUUUUGUAUUUUUGGGGUUGUUAUUUUAUGAAGAAAAGAAGUGAAUGAAAAUUGAUAUUAUCUGCUCAUAGUUUUUCUCACUUUGGGUAUUUUCAUUAGCCUUCUUUUUUUUCAUAAUCAAUUUUGUUUAAGAAUAACUUUUUAUUUUUGGAUAUUACUCUCGCAAUUUUGUUUUAAUAGCUGAAUACUAAUAAUAAUAGUUAAAAAAUCAAGUAGCAAAAUGUCCAAAUUUCUUUUUUUCAAAAACAAAUUUUUAAAAAACUCACAGGGUAAAACUAUUGUUUAUAACAUUGAUAAAAAAAUAAACAUUAAAACGCUCUUUUUAAAGAAAAACUAUAUAACAGGCAUUACUAAUAAUUUGAAAAAAACAUUAUUGUUAACGUCAACAAAAGAAAAAAAAAAGGAAAUUACGGACAUUUUGCGUACGCUCUCUAAAAUAUCUAAUAGGUAAAUGUUUGUAUCCUACGGCUUAAAUGCCGCCUCUCAAUUUGUGAGUGUAUAUGAAAGUCAAAAUAAACUAAAUAGU